AUGUCUUACCAGAAGAACGACAAGGAUGUCCAGGAGCCGGCUAAGAGCCACAAGAUCCGCAUCACCCUUUCUUCUCGCAAGGUCCAGGUCCUCGAGAAGGUCUGCUCCGAGAUCAUCGACCGUGCCAAGAACAAGGACCUCCGCGCCAAGGGCCCUGUCCGUCUGCCUACCAAGUGCCUGACCGUCACUCCCCGCAAGACCCCUUGCGGUGAGGGUUCCAAGACCUGGGACCGCUUCGAGAUGCGCAUUCACAAGCGUCUCAUCGACCUCCACGCCCCCACUGAGGUCGUCAAGCAGAUCAUUGUCAACAUCGACGCUGGUGUCGAGGUUGAGGUCACCAUCGCUGCUUAA